UUGCUCGCAUUCGGUUGGGACUUUAACGGAAGAAUGUUUUACGAAUGGAUAAGUAAAAAUGCGCGAAGCGCUAUUGCGGUCAUAUCUAUAAUACUAUCAAUGGCUGUCAUUAUAUUCGUCGAAGGUCUUUCCCGUUCGCACAAAGAGGAUCAACUAAUCAUCAAUCAUAUCUGUCUUCUGCAGAUAUUUUCGAGUAUCACACUUUUCAUCGGUUCCAGAAACUCUAAUCGGUGGUUAUUCUUGCCCUGGUUGAUGGUAGCAGCUCUCUUUACUUAUACAAUGAUCUACAAAAGCUUGUUCUAUUGGUUUCAUCUGCGGAGUGAUACGAAAGGCUCCCUGGUUGCAAUUUUGUGGCUCUAUUUGAUAGCAGGUUGCUGGUUGUAUUUUAUAUACGCUGUCUUGACAGACUUUCAGGAUAUGCAACGCGUUGCAUGUCCCGGGAAAGAGGUACCAGCUUUUAAGAGAAUCGAAAACCAUCUAACAAAAAAACAAGAAAGUUCUCUUCUAUAAUUAAAAUAUCUCAAUAUCUGAUAUAAUUGCGAUUCUAAGUGUUUUUUAAACGAUAUAAAGUAUGGCAAGAAGUAGCUAUAUAAAAAAAAAUGUCCAGUGCGAAACUAAUAAUGAUAAUAAUGAAAAUAGAGUCUUAUGGACCGUUUUUCGUCAGAGAAUUACCCGUAAAUAAAAUAUAAUUCCUGACUGCAAAUUCAGUUAUAGACUAAAAAUUUAAGCUAAUGCAUGAGAAUCUAAGAAUAUGUUUUUCAUAUAUCAAUAUAUUACAUUGACUUUUUAUUUUUAAAUCUGUUAAAUCUACGAAUGUAUGUCUUCAUAGGAUUCAAAAUAUUCCAAGAAUGAUAAUCAUAAUACCAAUAUUAAAGCAUAUACAAUAA